UUGAUAUUAGAACGUCUAGCGCAGAAGACACAUUGUUGAAAUUUCCCGAAUUUAGAAAAAACAGGCAAUAUUUUCAAUAGAACAUUUCCUAGUUUAAUACCGAGAACUCGCUAGCCAUGGCAUCUUGUGAUUUAAUCACAAUAUGCUGCCGUUGCUGUUUGAAGGAAUCGACUGAUAUGUUCAACGUCUUCACCACUUUGGACGAGUUCAACAGUCGGAUUUGUGAUUUGAUUACAAUCUGUUGUGGACUAUCGGUUUGCGAGGAUGAUUUGUUCCCGAAGGACAUCUGCAGUUACUGCGUGAAGGAUUUAGCAAAUGCCACACGCUUUCGGAAGCGCUGUCUAGAAGCAGAAGGAACGCUACAGAGUAAAUUGGAUGUGAAAGAUCCAUUGACUGUGGGCUUACCAUCUGAUCAACCGCUGCAAAGUACUCAAUUUGAGCGUACCCAGGACAAUGAAAUACAGGAAAAUAAUAUACAUGCCAACAUUAAGUUGGAAAAAUGCACCACAAAGAGUUUAUACGACGAAAAUGAAGCCAAUGUGGAAUGCCUACUAAAUGAUGAUUCAAAUGGCUGCAACGAUGUACUUGAUGCGGAGAUGCUUCAGGAUAAAAUUGAAAGAGAUAGUGAGGUUUUAAACGAAAAAAGUAGAAUUAGCCGAUCCACCCGCAAUCAUCUGGUUAGACACAGACGUAGAUAUAAGUGUGAGUUUUGUGACAAAAUUUUUAUUCGGAAAAGCCUGUUCAAUCAACACAUGCGACAACAUGCAGCGAAUGUCGAAAGAGAUAUUUGCAGUAAAGAUGUUUUGUGUGAAGUUGGUUACGACACUAAUAGUCAAAAAAAUGCUGAUGAUCGGACAUACACAUGUGAUAUAUGUGGUGAAAAUUUCACCCAGGCUAGUAUGCUGAAAGAACACAUACAGACCCAUAGUGUUGGGCACGUAAAUCAGGGUGAGCUGCAACGCACUGAAUCCUGCGACUCUGAACUGUGUCCAAAGCGCGACGCACAAGACCACGAGUUCACUACAUCACAAGAAACUGAUAUAAAGAAGAAAAUUCCAUCCAAACCCAAGCGCGUUCGUGCAAGGGUCGAUCGCCGUCAUAAGUGUGACAUAUGUGGCAAAGAAUUCCUUAACAGUAAUCACCUCGUACAGCACAGACGGAUUCAUACCGGCGAGAGGCCGCACAAAUGCGCAAACUGUGGAAGAGCGUUCGCUCAAAAAAGUCAUCUUACCGCUCACAUGAAACAUCAUACGGGCGAUUUCAGGUUCAAAUGUGAUACAUGUGGCAAAGGAUUUAUCUAUAAAACCGAAUUAGUUAUACACAUUCGCAUUCAUACUGGAGAGCGACCCCACAAAUGCGACCUCUGCGGGAAGGAUUUUGUGCAGGGCAGCGCUUUGACUCAACAUAUGCGAAGCCACGUCGGAGAGCGAUUACACCAGUGUGAGGUCUGUGGUAAAGGCUUUGUUAGACCUGGUCAUCUGACGCAGCACCUGAUUAUGCACAGCGGAGAACGUUUGUUCAACUGUCCGGUAUGCUGUAAAGGAUUCUCCAGAAAUGGUUAUCUAACGCAGCACAUGUUGAUCCAUAACGGUGAACUGACCCACAAAUGUGACGUAUGUGGUAAGGGUUUUAUCUCCAAAAGUUAUCUUGGGCAGCAUAUGCGCUUUCACUCCGAUGCUAGACCGCACCAGUGCGAAGGAUGCGGGAAAGGAUUCAUCAAUAAGGCUCAUCUUAAACGGCACAUGCGUACUCACACUGGUGAGGCACCCUAGCAGUAUUCCGGAUCGUGCUGGCCAACUUUUCACUUUCAGGGUUGAUGGUGGUGUUCUAAGUUUUAUUAACUAAUUCCAAAAGACUGUCAUGUGCUAGCGCUUGUGAUUUCUAUUAUUUUAUUGAAGCUUGCUCAAUCAAUAAACUACAUCUCAU